AUGGCGCCAGCGGUGCCCGGGACAAUAGCUUUGUCGUCGUCGACCAUCUUACUAGUUCUCCAAAUUAUCCUGGCCCUCCCUCGCGCGGGUCACAUAGCAGCAACCGAGGCCGUCGCCGUCAUAUCAGCAAUACUCGAACUUGCAGUGCUGAUCCUGUUGUCAUGGAUAUUGUUCACAUCUAUGAGAGGGGGAGGAGAAAGCUCAGCAAGAAAAGUGUCGCCGCUGCUGUUUGGGUCCGGUAUAGGGCUGUGUGUGCUCGUCGCCGUACUCACAGUUGGGUGUCUCAUCUCCCUCUCCAUCAACAGGAACCUCGGAGGCGCCACGUCUGGUUUUCUGGCGGGGACAGCAAUUAUGCUGCUGAUCUCAUUCAUCACACAGCUGCUGUUUCUUGUCACGCGCCACCUCGCCGGCCGCAGCCAGGACCACGGCCGCUCGAGCACGCCAGGCAUGCAGGAGAUCGGCUGGCAGCCUAGCUGGCAGCCCGCGAGGCGGGUCAAGGCAGUGCCCUACGAGAGCACGCUCCCGCCGACCGAGCCCUCGUCGCGCGCCGUAUCGAUGGAAUCCAAGAGCCCUCGGCCCUCAACUGGUGGCUUCUCGGCGACGGACACCAUCUCCACCAUCACGUCGACUCUGGCCCACGCUGUGCGGCCCAUCACCUCCAGGAACCGCCUGAUCUCCGGCAGCGGCCGCAGCCAGCGGUCGGUUCGGCGGGCGGCCUCGAUCGAGUCCAUGGACAAUCGGGCACGCUCCAUCGCCACCAUCGACAGCUUCGACUCCUGGGAUACCUCGGGCGUUGAUGCGCAGUGCCGCCAGACCGUGCUCGAGUCCGGAUCGUCGCCAUUAGCGGGGACCCGCUUCCUCGAGACUAUCCCGGCCUCGCCGACGACGAGCCGGUGCCCCAGCCCGGGAACGCCUCUGGACCUGGACUCGGACCUCGAGGCGCCCUGGCGUGUGGCCAGACGCAGCCGCAGCUUCAGUCCCGCGGGGUCGGCCCGCUCAGAGCUACCUGCGCCGCCACCGAAGCGCGGCCUUACCCAGCACACCUCGGCGAGCGAGUCACACAUCCACCCGCUCUUCCGCUCCGACUCGCCGACCCCAGCACCGCUCGCCAGCCCAGGCACCAUCGUCAUUGCCGCGCCUCAGGCCGGCUGGGUUAUCUCGGAUCGGCAGAGCAUCCGCAGCCUGCGACGCAUGCGCAGUGGCAGCUUGCCCGCCGUAUCGAGCCCACUGACGUUGAGUGGGUCAUCCGACAGUUUUAACAUGGCCAGUUCGAAGACGCUGAGCGCAGCUAGCGAUGAGAGCAGCCUAGAGCCGGCAGAAGAGGAGGAGGAGGACGACGACGACGAGAAAAGACAAGAGGCCGAUGUGCCGGAGAGGGAAAUUACGCCUCCCAUCCCUGAUUUCAUCCUUAAUGCCGGCUCACGAACGAGCCUGGUCGGAUAUCAGGUGAGGAAGACAGAGAGUCGCGAGGGACCCUCGGGCCCGGGGCUCGAGGCGCUGCCGCCCACUGACGGGUGGUGA